AUGUCAACUGCAAAGAAUGAAAAUGGGGGUGAGAACACGUAUGGUGGAGCCGAGGGCCCGGAUGCUAUGUACGUUAAACUAGUUUCUUCGGACGAACAUGAAUUCUACAUCAAGCGUGAAUUCGCUCUUACCAGUGGCACAAUAAAGGCUAUGCUGUCGGGUCCU